UUAAAAUAAAAUAGUGAUAUUAAUAUUAGCAUAAUGAAAUUGUUUUUAUUAGAUUUUUGGAUAUUAAAGAUUGAUAAUAACGUCUAAAUGUUGGUAAAAUCAAUGAUAUGAAGUUUAAUACUUGAGAUAAUUGCGAAGGUGAGGGAAUUCAUUUUCCUCUAGUGAAAAAUGUUUUUAUUGGAAAUUAUUUUUAGCAAUCAGACCCUAGAAGAUGACUUAUUUCUGGAAAAUAUCUUCUGAAAAAUAUUGCUCAUCAUACCAGAGUACACCCGGAAUGUCUCCAAGAAACUGACAAUUGUAAAUUUUGCCUAAUUUAUUAUGUCCCUUUCUCCUAAGGUAAGAGAGCGUGACACAGGCUCGCUUGCAUGUGUUAAGCAUAUACCUAGUGACAACCACCUCUGAGAAUUCACCAGUAUCUCUAGUUUAUUAUUCUUAGUUGUUUACUUUAUGAACUUUGAUAGAAGGAGGAAUCCUUGCCGUCCGGAUUUGGUUCUAGUAUUAAUCUAUUUGCUAGAGCUUCCCUAGAAAAGAACUGAAAGGGGAUGUCAUAGUCAAGGAGAAAUGAUUUUUCUUUUACUUAUUGAGAAUAUUUUACUAAGCAUUGUUGCAUAAAGACAGAGACAGCUGCUUAAAAUAUGAGAGUAGGCAGAGAAGACAAGAGGGUAUCUCGCAGACAAAGCUACAGACAAGCCUCCUAGAUAUUGUCCAUUUCUCUAUCCUUCCAAACUUAAAAGAUAAAUCCCUAAAAUACACUCUUGCUUGAGCCACCAAAUAAUAUUUUAGCUGGUGCCUUGCUAUCUAAGCUUGUAGCAAUGGGAGUUCCUCUUGUCUCCUUGUUUUACAACUUUUUCCUCUUUCUCAUCCUUUCAUCUUCCAACGUAAGUGCUCAAACAUCUAGCACAGACACAGACUUUUCGUGCUCAUUAAACUCUUCCCUGUCUUGUGAUACUUAUGUCACAUACCGUGCCCGUCCACCAAAUUAUUUUGAUGUGGGAAGUAUAUCUGAUCUUCUUGAAGUCAGUCGUUUGAGUAUAGCUAAGGCCACAGGUCUAGCCUCAGAGGAUACCGAGCUAUUCCCUGACCAGCUUUUGCUCGUACCCAUUAAGUGCUACUGCAAUGGUUCUCAUUAUUUCUCCAAUGUCACCUAUCAGAUGAAGAAAGGUGACAGCUUUUAUUCAGUUUCAAUAGGAGCUUUUGAGAACCUUACUAAUUAUCAUGUUGUGCAAGAUAUGAAUCCAACACUAGAUCCAACCAACUUGACAGUUGGUGCAGAUGCCGUUUUUCCUUUGUUCUGUAAUUGCCUCGCGCAUUCUGAUCUCGAAAAGGGACUUCAGUACCUUGUCACUUAUGUGUGGCAGCCUUGGGAUGAUAUAUUGCCUGUAAGCAAUAUGUUUGGAGCAUCUGCAGCUGACAUUCUGGCUGCAAACAGUUUCAGAAAUUUCACUGAUGCAAUAUGUCGUCCUGUCUUGAUACCGGUAAAACUUCCUAUUAUUAUGCAAUCUUACCCCUCUUCUACAAGCAGUAGAAAAUCCAAACGUAGAUGGAUCCUCAUUCCUGUUUUAAGUAUUGUGGGGUUGCUUGCAGUUUUUCCAUUUUGCUUGAUGGUAUACAUGCGGCUUCUAGAGGAGAAGAGGAGGGCUAAUUUAGCCCGUAAAUCUUCUACUCUUGAAACUUCUGAUCUUUUUCAUACCAAGAAAGCCUCCAAAGAUGAAAUUUUGGACCAUAAGAACAUUCAAGAUAAGCUUCUUCCUGGAGUUUCUGGCUAUAUCGGAAAGCCAAUAAUAUAUGACCUGAAGAUCAUCAUGGAGGCGACUAUGAACUUCAGUGAGAGGUACAGGAUAGGAGGAUCAGUGUACAAGGCCACGAUUAACAACCAAGUUAUAGCUGUCAAGAAAACUAAACAAGCAUCGGAGGAAUUGACGAUACUUCAGAAGGUAAAUCACGCAAAUCUGGUGAAACUAAUGGGCGUUUCAUCAGACAAUCAUGGGAAUUUCUUUUUGGUUUAUGAAUAUGCUGAAAAUGGCUCACUGGAUCAGUGGUUGUUUCCCAGACCGUCAUCCACGUCUUCUGCCUCUGACUCAGUGGUAUCGCUUGGUUGGAGCCAAAGGUUACAUAUAGCCUUGGAUGUUGCAAAUGCUCUGCAAUACCUGCAUGAACAUACUCAACCUAGUAUUGUUCAUGGGCAUAUCUUAACGUGUAGCAUACUUCUUGAUUCAAGGUUUAAAGCCAAAAUUGCAAGUUUCUCUACAGCCACACAUGCUACCAACUCAAUGAUGCUGAAAGCCGACGUGUUUGCUUUCGGGCUUGUGCUGUUGGAGUUGCUUUCAGGGAAGAAAGCAAUGGAAGUUGAAGUUAUGGGAAUCUUGGAAGUUGAAGAUAACAGAGAGGAGAAGUUUAGAAGGUGGAUGGAUCCAAAGUUGAGCUUUUACCCUGUUGAUGAUGCUCUAAACUUGGCUGCCUUAGCAACAGCGUGCACAUCGGAGAAAUCAGCAGAGAGGCCUAGGAUGACAGAUAUUGUCUUCAACCUCUGUUUUCUUACUCAAUCAUCUUUUGAAAUGUAUGGGAGGUCUUGGACUUCAGGUGAAGCUGAGGAGAUUGUUCAGAUUGUUAGCCCACUAAUAGCACGUUGACUUAAAGAUGGAGCGUAAAUAUAGCCAAGAACUUUGUCCAGUUUGUCUCAAAUUUGUAACAUAUUCUGGAUUAUAAUGCAAUAGGAAGGAUAAGCUGAUCUCCAGAAUAUGUUGCAAAUUCGAGUUCUAGUGUCCAGUUAUUCCCUGUAUUUCUGUUGCAGCUAAAGCAGUUGCUAUUGUAAAUUCUUGUGUAGGAUGUUUUGCUCAACCACUUAACUUUGAAAUAAGUGUACGUAGAGCAAUUUGAUAUAUAUUUCCAUCUUUCACUCUCCAAAAAACGAAGAAAAACUAGGUUUCUGAAAAGACAAUGCAAACUCGUUCUUAAAUAUAUUUGAGAUGUAAACAAUACAGACUAGUACUGGUUUAAUUUGUAAAACAAGUUCUCUAACUUUGUGCAUCCAUCAGUAUUUGUGCAAUGUUUUUCCUCCGUCCUGCUCGAAGACAGCCUCUUUUCCACUUCUUAUUUUCAACAGACCAAACACAAUUUCAUAAAUGUCUAUCUUCAGAUUAACCUGACAAGCUUCAAGAUUUUCGUAUAAUGUGACGUGGUGGAGUUUGUGAAAAGCUUCAGUAUUGGCAAAAUAGCAACAAGUUGACUAGGUUUUAUUCUCAUACCCGUCUUGUUCUUAUUCCAAAGGUUGAAUCUCCUACAACUUUUGCUGGUCUUAGGCCAAGUAGUCUUAGCAAUUUCUCUGCUAAGAUAAUAUCCAAAGUCCUGGCUAAAACACUGAUCCCUCUGUUACCUAAGCUCACUUCUGAAUCUCAGAGCGGUUUUGUUAAGGGUAGGUUCAUUAAUUGAUAAUGUUAUGAUGGCUCAGGAAGAUUUCAUAACCAAACACAUGAGGCAAUAGAAUAAUCAAAUUGGACAUGACAAAGGCAUAUGACUGUAUGACAUGGAGCUUCAUUACUGCUGUGUUAAGAAGGUUUGGUUUUUGUGACUGGUGGAUUGAAGCUAUUGGGAGAUUGAUCACUAAAAUGUGGUACUCUAUAUUAAUCAAUGGUGCAAGGAAAGACUUCUUCACGUCUGCUUAGGGUCUGAAAUAGGGGAUCCACCCUCUCCCUCUUUAUUUAUUUUUGGAUUAGAGAUGUUGUACUUGUCCAUACUACUCAACAACUUAUAUGACGAUCCUAGAUUUAUUCCAUUUUCAAUGAAUAAUAGGUGUCCUAGGGUGAACCAUUUUCGUAUGCCGAUGACAUAGUCAUCUUCUAUGAUGGCAAAGAAAAAUCUAUCAAAUUGGUAAUAAAACAGGUUAGACUAUAUAAAAACAGCUCUGAACAGAAGGUGAAUGAGUGAAAAGUUUUUCCUGCACUUUCCCUAAGGCUUCCAUUUCCAGGAUCAACAAGAUGAUAGAUAAGACUGA